AUGGCUAUUGCAAAGGUGUAUAGAAGGAGUUUGACUUUACUUGCACUCGAUAAAAGACAGAAUUGUCUGAGUUACAUAUCAAUUUGGUGGCAGAAGUCACUUAAAAAAUCUCAGGGCAGACCAGAGAAAUAUCUAUAUAGUAUAGAUCAGUCAUAUCGCAAUGCAGAUCAGCCAAAGCAGACAAAUCACCAGGUAGAGCAAACCAAUCACCAUGCAGAACUGACAAAUAAUCAUGUAGAGCAGACAAAUCGACAAGCUGAUCAGACAAAUCGCACAGCAGAACUGACAAAUCGUCAUGCAGAGCAGACACAUCGUCAUGCAGAGCAGACAAAUCGUCACGCAGAGCAGACACACCGUCAUGCAGAGCAGACACAUCGUCACGCAGAGCAGACACAUCGUCAUGCAGAGCAGACACAUCGUCACGCAGAGCAGACAAAUCGUCAGACAGAGCAGAUAAACCAAGCAGAGCAUACCAUUGUCCUGCAGAGCAGACGAAUGGCCGGACAGAGCUGA